UAGAAUUUAUUUAUGAAUGUUGACAUUGGCAAUCAAAUUUGAUUCUUGAAAAACAAAACUAUCAACAUGACAGACCAAAGACACCGCAUGAAAUUAAAUAUCAAACAUGGCUCAGUCCGACACAGUAUUAUUUUAGAACUACCCGCCAAUUCCUCUGAGGUAUUGAAAGUACAACAUUUAAUGGAAAAAAUGGUAGAGAUGUUUGAAAUACCUCUGGAAUGUCAGAAAAUUGUUCAUAAAGGAAAGACUUUAAAGGAUCCUGGUGAUAUAUUGAGUGAAAUAGGUGUCAGGGAUGGUGCUACAAUAAUGUUAUUGGGGAAAAAGCCAGAUCCUCAAGAGGAUAAAGAAAUGAAGAAGUUAUUAGAUAUAGAAAAAGAUGUAGAGAAAAAUGAAAAGAGGUUGAGUGAUGUUACAUAUGAACUAGAUGGUAUUCAUAGAGGUUAUAUAAAUGAUGACUUGAAGUUACCAGCCUUAAAUCAAUUAAAGAAAAGACUAGGAGGAACUUCAGAAACAUUUAUGAAACAAUUAGAAUCUCUAGAUGCCUUAAGAUUUGAGGAAAGUAAUAAAGGAGGAAGAGGGAAAAGAAAAACUAUAGUGGAUAGAAUUCAGGUUCUGUUAGACAGAUGUGAUGGAUUGAUGUCAGGAUUGAAGGAUCAGAUUGCAAGGGAACAAGAAAAAUCAUGACCAAAGUGAAGAAUAAAGUACAAAAGACAUUUAAUGAUUUCAGGGUUUCAGAAUAAAUGUAGCAUUUGACAGUGGAAAGUCUUCAGCAUUCUCAAAUAUUUUCUUUAUAAGAAACUUUGCUUGUUUCCAUACUAUGUCUGUCUCUGGUAGAUGUCAAUAGGAAAACUUUGAAUACUGUUGUUUAAUGUUGUCAUGAUACACAGAACUAUUAUGCAUCUUAUGUAUUUGUUAAACAGAUAUAAUAAAAGGAAUAAAAC